GUUGCACUCUUCCUGCAGGCACACAGAGGCAGCGUCAAACCUUUCGUCCACUUCAACGCCAAACAUGAUGCUGAAAUUCUCCAUAAAGCCAUGAAAGGAAUCGGUACGGAUGAAGAUGCAAUCCUGAUGCUGCUGAGCGCACGUAGCAACGAUCAACGCCAGCAAAUUAAGGCGGCAUACAAAAAGGCCUACGGAAAGGACUUAGUCAGCGCCCUGAAAUCGGAGCUGGGUGGGCUGUUUGAGAGUCUCAUCGUGGCCUUGAUGACCCCGUCUGCCUCGUACGAUGCUUCCCAGCUGCACAAGGCGCUCAAGGGCGCCGGGACUGAUGACGAAGUGCUGAUUGAGAUCCUGGCCUCCAGGACGUGCGAGCAGAUUAAAGAUAUCGUCAAAGUGUACAAGAAAGAGUUCAGUGGAAAGCUGGAGAAAGAUAUCUGCGGUGACACCUCAGGGCACUAUCAGAGGCUACUGGUGAUCCUCCUGCAGGGGAACAGGGAUGAGGGAGUGGACGAGGAUAAAAUCGAGAAAGAUGCAAAGGACUUAUACGCUGCUGGAGAGGGCAAGUUUGGCACAGAUGAGGAAAAAUUCAUCACAAUUCUUGGCAACAGGAGCGCAGAGCAUCUCAGAGAAGUGUUCGAUGCCUACAAGAAGCUCUCUGGCUCUGAUAUCGAGGACAGCAUCGAAGGAGAGACCACUGGGAAUCUGGAGAACUUACUGGUAGCUGUUGUGAAGUGUGUCAGGAGUGUCCCUGAGUUUUUCGCUGAAGGCCUUUAUAAAUCUAUGAGGCGUGCCGGAACUGACGACGACACCCUGAUGAGGAUAAUGGUGUCCAGGAGCGAGGUGGACAUGCUGGACAUCAGAGCCAUCUUCAAGAAGAAGUACGGAGUGUCUCUAUACUCUACAAUCCAGGAGGACACGACUGGAGACUACCAGAAAGCUUUGCUCUACCUCUGUGGUGGGAAUGAUUAAUGUUGUGAUAUGAUGUGUUUAGCAGCACAGAAUGAUGAGCUGCCGUGGUGCUGCAGGGCAAAGGCUACAUGUGAGAUGAGAUUAUCGAUCUGCAGUUGUGGAUUCUUUCUGACUUUAGCUUGCUAUUGAUUGAAUUAGUGUGAAUUACCCACUUGUCAUUUUUGAUUUAUGACCAUAUCCCCUGUAUGAACAGCAGUAAGAGUGCAUUCACUUAAAAUAUACUGAAUUGUUUUGUUUAAUAAUAGACAUCCUUUAAACAGGAAACAGCUUCAUAAUGAGUACAGUUGCAGUUUGGAUUUUAAUGUAGACAGUACUGAUAGCUAUGCCUGAAGAAAGAAACAUUUAAGGUGACACGCUGAAGGCAAAAACAUUGCUUUUUCAUGCACUUGUCAAUUUUGGGCUAAUUUGCUUCCAUAACAUGUCCUUUUCAGACUAAUGAAAAUAAAA